GAGACGUUUACAUUUUACAAAUACAAAGAAUUUAUGACUAAUUACAUUGUUACUCAUUUGUAAAUUACUUACAAAAUUUAUUGUGAUACAUAUACAUUUAAUUAAGUUUUAAUUUUGAUAGUUAACAAUUAUUUAUUUAAGAUGUCAACAGGAGGAAAUGUUAAAGUGUGCGAUAUAGAUGAUGAUGUUAAAGAAAGAUUAAAACAAUUUCGAUUUAAAAAGAAUAAUACAAAUGCAGCACUUAUACUAAAAGUGGAUCGAGAAAAACAAAGAAUUUGUGUUGAUGAAGAAAUUGAGGAUAUAAAAAUUGAUGAUUUACAAGAACAAUUACCUGGCCAUCAACCACGAUAUAUCAUUUACAAUUAUCGUAUGGAGCAUAAUGAUGGACGUGUUUCCUAUCCAAUGUGCUUUAUCUACUAUACACCUAGAGAUAGUCAAAUAGAAUUACAAAUCAUGUAUGCUGGUACAAAAAUAGCAUUACAACGUGAAGCAGAAUUGACACGUGUUUAUGAAAUCAGGGAACUUGAUGAAUUAACAGAAGAAUGGUUAAUUGAAAAAUUACAAAAAUAAAAUUAUUUUAAAACGGUAAUCGCUUGAUAAUGAUUUUAAGAGGGCGAAAAUGUUUAAAUAUUAAGAAAUAAUUUAAUCUUUUGCUUUAAUUUUGAAAUUAUUUAUUAAUCAUAAUAUUAUACUAGUUAAUAAUAUGGAAUCGAAUUUAAACGUUUCCAAAAUUUCAUUUUCAAAUUUGUAUCAAGUAAAAUAUUUGAUCAUUUAGUCCUCUUAUCGCGAUCGCCUUUAAAUUUCUAUAUAAUUAUAUAUUUAUAUAAAUUUUGAGUACAAUUAUAAAUUGUAAAUAUUUAUAAUCCUAUAAUGCGUAUUCAUUUAAAAGUUAUUCAGAGCAAAUCAUUUCAAUUCGUUUUGAGUAUGAGACAUCAGUUACUCUGAAGUUGGUAGGAACCUGACCAUUUUUGAAAUUAAAUAAAAUCCAAACUUUUAAUAUUUAUUAAAAAUUAAGUUAGUUAUGUUACUACAUAUCCUUUUGUAGAAUACUUGUGAAUUGUUUACUAAGCGGAAUAGAAUAUUUUAUUGCAAUAAACUACGUUUGAAUAACCGAUUCACCAUUUUACAAACAUUUCAAUUACGAAUGUUGGAUGUUAACCUGUUAACCGAAUCAACGUAUCAUCGUUUCUAAAAUAUGAAUAGCAGGAUAUGCUAAACUUUGAUAAAUAGAAUUCAAAUACGAGAAUUUCCUGCGCC